AUGCAGAAGGAACAUCACUCGAAGCUCAUUGGUGGAAGCGUGUGGAUUGCCCAUGCCAAUGUGGGAGAAGGAAUCGGGGCUGCCGCAGGAGGAGCCGAUGGUGGACAGAAGGCAGGCCACGACGCUGCUAAAGCUGGACUUGGAGCAAGCGAAGGAAUGUCAAGUGCUGCCAUCAAAAUUGGCGAGACCAUGGGAAAAUCUGCAGCAGCUGGUGCUUCAGAAUCUGCUGGAAUAGUAGUUUCAUGUAUUAAUGAAUGGAACAAAAAUGCUUGCACUAGCAAUGAUAAACAGUGGUGCCCAACAUUCACUGGUGAUGACGAACAGGAAGUGCACAAACAAUGCGCAUUAGUCGAAUCAAAAAAGAAAAUUUUAAAUUUGCUUGAUGAAGUUGGGCAGCUUUCUGAUCUUGAAAAAUUGUUUUUAUAUGUACAGCUUCCUACAGGAUCAACUCCAAAUAUUGACGUAACAAGACAAAGAUACUUGAGUAAUCCUCUGGGUAAGAAAGGAGACAUAGAAGUUGCACAAACUUACACAUGGAUUCAGAGUCAUCUGGAAGAAGAUCCUGAUAUUUCACUUCCAAAACAUGAAGUAUAUGAAGAAUAUAGAAACUAUUUUGAAGCAAAUAAGCUAGAUCCUCUGUGUGCGGCCGAUUUCGGGAAGGUGAUGAAACAUGUCUUCCCAUCCGUCAAACCGAGAAGACUUGGAACCCGAGGAAAUUCCAGAUAUUGUUAUAGUGGACUCAAAAAGAAACUUAACAUUAAGCCACCAUCUUUACAGGAUUUUAAUAUUGGGGAAGAUUUAUAUGAUAAUUCUAACAAAACAGAAUCAAAUGAAGUCAAUGAAGCAGCUUGCCACAUAAUAUUUGAAUGGGCGGAAAAAUUACUUUCGAAAAAGUUUUUCUCAAUAAAAGAACUGGCGAAACAUUUAGUUGAAAACUUUUACAUUGGUAAGCCUUCAGUUACAGCACUUUCACUGCUAUCUCUGCCUUCCACUAAAAACAAAGAUACAGGUAGUACAUCAAAUACUUUUAAUAAAAAAAGAAAACAAAAUCCACUUCAGUAUCAAAAGAAGAUUCAGGAAUGUAAUAAGGGGCAAAAGAGGAAAAAUAAAUUGCAAUGCAUUGACGACACUUGUCUUAAAAUUGGAAUGACAGAAAAUGGAAUCUGUUCAAAUACGCAGCUAACAAAUGUUCAGGAACUGAAUGUAUUGAACACACAAAAGAUAACAUCUGCAGAUACUCAAAAUAUUACAUCCAUUGAACCUGUAAAUAAUUCUCAAUCAUCAUCUGUUAUGCCAGUAACUUCCCAAGCUUUGCUUACUGUUACUAAACAACUUUCUAAUAAUCUUAAUGGGUUGAAUGCAUCUCAUUUUUCUAUAUCAACUAAUGAUGAUGUUAAAAAUGAAAAUAUAAAUAAUAAUUAUAAUAUUUCUAAAGAAAAAUGUAUCCAAAAAUAUCAAAGAAGUAAGUCUGUAGAAUUUAAAAAAUUAGAUUAUGAAAGUGCAAUUUAUAAUCUUUUUAAUCAGUGCGAUAACCUAUGUAAUGAAAGUUUAUCAAUCCAUAAAAAAGAAUAUUUUAAACAUGAUCUCUCUACGGAAUUAAAUACAAAAAGACCUCGAAUGAAUGAAUUUGCUUCUAAUAUUAACUCGAAUGCUAUCUCAUCGGCUUGUGAUUCAAAAAGUUCUAAUAACAUUUCUCAAAUAUCAACUGCUGAAGCUGAAUCUUCAUCAAGCAAAAUUAAUUCUUUAGAUACUUAUAUUGAAUCAGAAAGUCUAAAUCUCCAGCAUUCCACAAAUUCAAAUGAAAACAAGAUUAUGGAUUCUUCUCAGUUACGAAUGCUUCUUGAGAAAGAUUUUUCCAUUCCAGUUAACCAGUCAAAAUUGCUUGAAGGGAAUAAGGCUCCAGGAUUGAUACCACAACAGGAAAAUCAAAAAAAUGUACAGGAUAUUCAACUAAAUAAACCAGAAUUGAUGAAAUUUCCUUUCCCUAAUACAGGUGAUCAAUGGAAAAAAGAUAAUUUUCAUUCUACUAAAUUAUCCCUCUUAGCUGAAACAUAUAACAGAUCACUUAAGCAGUCUGAAUACAUUCAAGAAUUAAAUAAUGACAAGAUUCACCCUGAUUCAGUUUUGUCACUGUCAAGUAAUAAUUCUACUCUUACAAAAUUACUUAUUCCAGAUAACAAUAUAUCUAAUAUUAAUCAGAUAAGCAACACUAUGUCUUCUCAGAGAUCUUUUAAUUUAAUGCCAGUAUCCAUUAAACAAGAUGAUAGGAAGCGUAAUUUCAAUGUGUCAAAUCAGUUGCAAAUGCCUCGUGAAAAUUUUAAGUCUGUUAUGUUAAAUAACCAGGAGACACUGAUUCCUGUUUUAAAUGACAGUCAUGAAAACUACAGCUCUCCCAAAUCACCUUUCUUGUUUCCACAACAAGCAUCAACAUCUGUGAGCAGAUUAAGGCACCACUCUAGUCACAAUAUAGGUCAAGUCAGAAACUAUAACAGAUAUCCAUUUGGAUCGAGAUCUAGGCACUUUUCUGGCCCAACAUAUUCCAAACAUGAUAAAUCACUUGAGAUGUACAAUUUCAGCAGUGAUCCAACUUUGGGAAAUCGAACCAGUAGCGUUCAUUCUUCAUUUUCUCCAGUUCAUACCCUUGAUUUGCCCCCAAAUUUAAUUUGCAUUCAAGAAAUGCAAAACAAAAUACCUGAAUCUUUUACAGAAUCAAUUUCUCAAGAAUUGAAUACAGGAAAUCCUAACAUAAUCUGUCAGUUAAAUAAUGCAGAAAGUAUGGAAGCUAACAUGAAUCAAAAUUCUUCAUUAAUGGCUUCCAGUCAAGCAUUCAAAACUGAAUUAACAGAUGAUUUUUCUCAAAAUAUGCAGCAUUUUCAUCCUAUCAGACAAUCUGGUUUGAAUGAAAAUCGAUGCCAGUCCGUUCCACCUCACAAAAUGCUACAGAUGUUGAUAGAUCAGAAUUCUCCUGUCAAUUCUCCGGUAAUAUCAAAGUCAUAUCCGACCACACCCGUCGUAAACCAAAUAUUUCAUUUUCCGGUCUCUCAAUCUUACCAAUACGAGUCCGACAUGUCUCAGAUGGAACCGAGCAAACUGUUAUCUCAAAGUACACAGCAAAAUAUGCCCGAAGUUUUGAUGGGAGGUUGGAAUUCUUCUGACGAGGUGUGUCAUACCUCGAUGACUGAACUAUUAGAACAGCCACUGGACGAUCUACAGACCACGCUGGAUGAUCUUAAAGAGUGUGACGAAUUCUCAAAAUUUGCUUGACAUCUCUCGACUAUCCGCAGAAAGACAGUAGUUAACUGUGUUUAUAAGUAGAGAAAUAAUCUUGCUGUUAAAUUUCUCAAUAUUUCAAAUUAUAAAACUCAAUUUGAGCUUUAAAGUCGAUGCCGCUGGUGUGCCAUAAUUGCGUCAAAUACAUAAUAAUCUUGUCUGUGUGAAAAUUGUCAUGCGUGCAUCAGAAUUAACUUUUCACUGUUUGCAUAAUAGCAAAUGACUAUAUUUUUUUUCUUUCAUUUUAUCCAAAAUACAGGGUCCAAAUAAUUGCAUAUUUUAAAUAUGAAAUUUUAACUGAAAAUUAAAUUUUCACUUUUUAUCUUUACAUGUACCAAGAUAGUUAAAAUAUAUACAUACGUACAUACACAUACAUAUAUAUAUAUAAAUAUAUAUACAUGAUAUUCUUUCUUAUAUUUUGUUAUUUUGCUUAUAUGCUAUAUUUUAAAAAGCACAAUCAUAUCCGUGCAAUCAGGAGAAUACAGGAACGACCAUUGCUCGAAUACUUCAAAAAUAAAGCAUUUCAAGUGAUGCCAUUAUCUAAUAAUUACAAUACAUUAAGAUAGGAGAUGAGGAUGAAAUUUUAUCAAACAAUACAAAAACGUGCAAAUUUUAUAUUAAAAAUCAAAGUGUCAUUUGCAAAUUGGAGUUUAAAAAGUAAAUGGAGUUCAUGUUGUAUAUAGGAAUUUAAGCAUUUAUGUAAUUUUUAAAGAAAAAUUACAUAAAUGUAAAACAUGAAUAAAUAAUGUAUAUUUUCAUUAAAAGUGAUAUAUUUAGCUGUUUUCUACAUUGCAAGCUUCGGUAUUUAUUUUUGAAAUAAUUUUUUACCAUUGAAACAAAGAAAACUUGUACUUGGCAAUGGAGAAAUCAUCCAAUAUGUUAAAAUAAUAAGCAUUUUACUUUUAAAGAAUAAGAAUAUUAUGUGACAUUUUUUUUUCUAAUAUCUUAAAGUAAUUAGUCUUUAUACUUGUAGACUAAGUUUUUUUGAAUCAAAAUCUUGAUUAUGUUAUUAUUUUACAGGCAAAUUUUCAUGCAAUUAAAUUGAAAUACAUUAGAGCAAUGAUUCUUGACUCAAAAUGUAUCAUGGACUGAUGGAUUUACAAAAUAUUUUACCAUGUAUUGGUAAAAAAAAUUAUUUUCAUUUUUUAUAAAUAAAACUAAUUAACAAGCUUGCUGCCAAUUGACAGCAAAGGUCACGACACAAAAUCGUGUCAUGUAAAUAAAUUGGCAUAUUUAAUAAGUAAAAGCAUAAUCAGUUAAUCAAACAAGAAAAAUGUGAUAAAAUUUUUAAAUUUUGAUAGAAACAAACACUUUAUACUAUAAUUAUUUGCAGUACAUUAAAAAAACUCCACAGACCAGUGUCAAACCAUGGACUAGCAAUUGAAAAACGAUGGUUUAGUUUAGGUUUUCAGACCAAUGCAAUUUACUGUACUGUAUCAAUGGUUUUUGUCAUCUUGGGAUUCAUUUGGAUUGAUUUUUCCAUAGAUUUUUUAUUCACUUUUUAUCUGUAAUGGGAUAAAUUGAAGUUUGCGAGAUACUUAUUAUCAUCUGAAAGCUUUAACAGUGUAGUUUCUGAAUCUUUAUGUACUUGAGUAAUUAAUUUGUGGAAAAAUUAACAAAAAAUAACAUUAAAAACACACCAAUUUCCAUAGAUUGAAUGCUGUAAAGGAAUAGAAACAUCGUCUGGGUUGUAACGUGAUGCCAAAAUUAUUGCUUCUAUACAAACAAGUAUUAGAUAAUGAUUAGUGAUUUCAUAUAUUAGAUUGUCGUGUCAAUGUUGAAGCUAGUA